UAAUGGGUAGUGACGUCAUAAACAUGCGCCGUGUAACCUUGUGCUAGUGAACGGAGUGUUGUCAAUUCAGCUGUGAAAACACGUUUAAAACGUUUCUAUGCGUGUUUCGUCAUUAACAUUACUUCGGAGUCAUGAGCAGAUAUAUUUUACCAGUUUCAGUGUUUGGAACCAUAUUUGGAAGCGCUGUGUUACUGAAGAACUAUGUGACUGGAGGCCGGUGUCCUAGUAAAGCUACCAUUGAUGGAAAGACUGUGGUUGUAACAGGAGCCAACACAGGCAUUGGGAAAGAGACGGCACGAGAGCUGGCCAAGAGAGGGGCUUGGGUCAUUAUGGGAUGCCGUGACAUGGAAAAAUGUGAGGCAGCUGCAAAGGAAAUACGGGGAAAGACUCUGAAUCACCACGUCUGCGCGCGUCACCUCGACCUGGCCUCCAUGAAGUCCAUUCGAGAGUUUGCGGAGAGAAUCAAAAAAGAGGAGCAGCAUGUGGAUAUACUUAUAAACAACGCAGGGGUCAUGAGAUGUCCAGCGUGGAAGACAGAAGAUGGAUUUGACAUGCAGUUUGGAGUCAAUCACUUAGGCCACUUUCUGUUGACGAACCUUCUGCUGGAUAAGUUGAAAGAGUCUGCCCCCAGCAGAGUGAUCAACCUGGCCUCGCUCGCCCACAUCGUUGGAAAGAUUGACUUUGAGGACUUGAACUGGGAGAAGAAGAAGUUUGAUACCAAGCAGGCGUACUGUCAGAGCAAGCUUGCCAAUGUUCUGUUCACGAGAGAGCUCGCCAAGCGAUUACAAGGCACGGGAGUCACUGUGAACGCUGUGCACCCAGGCGUUGUUGCCACGGAGCUUGGGAGGCACACGGGUCUGCACCAAUCACCAUUCUCGAGCUCUGUUCUCUCCCCCGUUUUCUCCAUCUUGGUGAAGAACCCAGAGCUUGGGGCCCAGCCCGUCGUCUAUCUGGCCGUGUCCGAGGACAUGGAGGGCGUGACGGGGCAGUACUAUGAUGUAAUGACUGAGAAGGAACCAGCGCCUCAGGCCCUUGAUGAAGAGGCAGCUCGCAGGCUGUGGGAGGUCAGCAGCCAGCUGGUUGGUCUGGAGGAGGAAGGACGAUACAGCAAGUCAAGAACACCAGUAGAAGGCGAAAGCAAAGCUGCACAGACACUUGGUCGAAGAUCAGAACCAGUUGUUGGUGCAGUGGAACUUUAGUUCACCUCUUGUAGCUGCACUCGGGUGUGGGAUUCUGGUUGGCCAUAUAGCGAUGCGUCUUGUACAUGCCUUUAUGUUCCUGCAUUAGGAUAUUUUCUAUAAACCAUGUAAACAGGUGCCUAUGUAAUCUUUAAACAGAUACCGAUUACCUUCUGCAAAUUUAUUUUUGAUUUUGUGACUCACCUGCUGUUAAAUUUCCAAGUAAAACAAUCUAAUAAUAUAUUUCUUUUAUUUUCAUGGGGACAGUCACUGCUGAAAUACAGCGCUGGCAAAGACAAGCAUAUGAUGAGCGUCUCACAGUAGACAGGCUUAAAAGCGGACAGACAUUAAUCUGAAUGAUGAAUGAACAAAACACAGAGAUGGAAGACGACCUUGAAGGACAGUCAAGGGUAAUUAAAGUCACAUUGUUUAUUUCGGCUGCAGCAAAUAUCAUUUAUAUUAAUGUAGUUAUGUUAUAGACUUUUAUAUUUGUACAAGAGGAAAUGCUGAUAUAUAGUGCCACCUAACUGCCAAGCAAUGAAAUACAAGUGCUGUAUGGCUUUUAAAAUUGUUUAUACAAAUAUACCAGUAAAUAUUAAAAUCAAUUUGAAACACUC